GAACUAAACGCAACGUCGUGCAGAGUGGGGAGAAGAAGUCUGUACACAGAAAUAUGAAGAGAUCGAGCGUGUCUCACGCGCUACGUCGUCGUAUGGAAGAGAAAGAUAGAGUGAGGGACGCGUGUGGGCAAGGAAGACAAAACAAUAGAAAAAAGAAAUAAGAAAAAGAGAAAGUGGCAAUAAGACGCGCCGUGAGUGCAGAGUGAAAGACGAGCGAGUGAACCAAGCGAGUUGAGUUGCCCUCCGAUCCCAUCCACAAUUCAACUGUUUCCCCCAAAUUUCAAAACCCUAGCUUUCCCACUCGCGCUUUACCCACUCGCGCCUCGUGAUCUCCCGCUCUUUAAGACAGGUAGCAUCCAAAUUGCAAUUUAUAGUGUAGCAGGUAUUCAGGAAGCAGUGCAUGUGAGUGAAAAUAUGGGUGAUGCACUAAAUGAAGUGCAGCACAGGGGUGGUGUACCGGCUUCUUCUCCCAAGAGGGACAUUUCAUUGUUUGAAGGAGACAAGGAUUUUGAGCCGCACAAUGGCAUUGAAUUUGAAUCCCAUGAAGCAGCAUAUUUAUUUUAUCAGGAAUAUGCCAAAUCUAUGGGAUUCACUACUUCAAUAAAAAACAGCAGACGCUCGAAGAAAACAAAAGAAUUUAUUGAUGCCAAAUUUGCAUGCUCUAGGUAUGGAGUUACGCCUGAGUCUGACAGUGGCAGCAGUCGAAGACCAAGUGUAAAGAAAACAGAUUGCAAAGCUUGCAUGCACGUGAAGAGAAAGCCAGAUGGAAAAUGGAUCAUUCACGAAUUUAUAAAGGAACAUAAUCAUGAACUUUUACCAGCUUUGGCAUAUCAUUUUCGGAUUCAUAGAAAUGUGAAAUUAGCUGAAAAGAAUAAUAUUGAUAUCUUGAAUGCUGUUAGUGAACGCACCAGAAAGAUGUAUGUUGAAAUGUCAAGGCAAUCUGGAGGCUGUCAAAACAUCGGGUCUUUUGUGAGUGAUAUAAACUAUCAGUUUGACAGAGGCCAGUAUUUGGCUUUGGAAGAGGGAGAUGCCCAAAUUAUGCUUGAGUAUUUUAAGCAUGUGCAAAAGGAGAGUCCCAACUUCUUCUAUUCUAUAGAUUUAAAUGAAGAACAGCGGUUAAGAAAUCUAUUUUGGAUUGAUGCAAAAAGUAUCAAUGAUUAUCACAGCUUUAAUGAUGUAGUUUCAUUUGAUACCACUUACAUAAAAAGCAAUGACAAGUUGCCGUUUGCACCUUUUGUUGGAGUGAACCAUCACUCCCAGCCUAUUUUGCUUGGAUGUGCAUUGGUUGCUGAUGAGAGUAAACCAACAUUUGUUUGGUUAAUGAAGACAUGGCUUAGAGCUAUGGGUGGGCAAGCUCCCAAGGUUAUAAUCACUGAUCAAGACAAAGCCUUGAAGGCAGCAAUUGAAGAAGUCUUGCCGAAUGUUCGUCAUUGUUUUUCUCUUUGCCACAUACUAGAGAGGAUACCAGAAAAUCUCUCUUUUGUGAUCAAACAACACAACAACUUCUUACAAAAAUUUAACAAGUGCAUUUUUAAAUCGACAGAGGAUCAGUUUGACAUGAGAUGGUGGAAAAUGGUCAGCAUAUAUGAACUCCAAGAUGAUGUUUGGUUUCAGUCAUUGUAUGAGGACCGGAAAAAGUGGGUGCCGACUUACAUGGGGGAUACCUUUUUAGCUGGAAUGUCUACACCUCAACGCUCUGAAAGUACGAGCUCUUUCUUUGACAAAUAUAUUCAUAAGAAAAUUACUCUCAAGGAGUUUGUAAAACAGUAUGGGAUAAUUCUGCAGAAUAGGUAUGAUGAAGAAGCCAUUGCGGAUUUUGAAUCAUUGCACAAGCAGCCAGCACUUAAAUCUCCUUCACCUUGGGAAAAGCAAAUGUCAACAAUUUAUACACAUGCAAUAUUUAAGAAAUUUCAAGUUGAAGUUCUGGGUGUAGCUGGUUGUCAAUCUAGGAUAGAGGUUGGAGAUGGAACUCUUGCAAAGUUCAUAGUUCAAGAUUAUGAGAAGAAUGAAGAGUUUUUGGUAACUUGGAAUGAAAUGAGCUCAGAGGUCUCUUGCUUUUGUCGAUUGUUUGAAUAUAAAGGUUUCCUCUGUAGGCAUGCUUUGAGUGUUCUCCAACGUUGUGGUUGUUCAAGUGUUCCAUCUCAUUAUAUCUUGAAGAGGUGGACGAAAGAUGCCAAAAUUAAGGAAUCAAUGGCUGAUAGGACAAGAAGGAUACAAACUAGGGUGCAGCGUUAUAAUGACUUGUGUAAACGAGCCAUCGAUUUAAGUGAAGAAGGAUCAUUAUCUGAAGAGAAUUACAAUGUUGUUUUCCGUGCACUUGUUGACGCCUUGAAGAACUGUGUACUGGUGAAUAAUUCUAAUAACAAUGGUGCAGAAACUAGCAAUAAUGCCUAUGGCCUUCGUGAAGCAGAAGAAAAUCAGGGUCCUCUCGCUUUGAAACCAAAUAAAAAGAGGAACGCAGCUAGGAAAAGAAAGGCACAAUUAGAGCAGGAUGUUAUACUUGUUAAUGCUCAAGAUAGCCUGCAGCAAAUGGAUAAUCUCAGCUCGGAUGCAAUGACCCUUAAUGGAUAUUAUGGUACCCAGCAGAAUGUGCAAGGACUGCAGGUACAAUUGAACUUAAUGGAGCCGCCUCAUGAUGGUUACUAUGUUAAUCAACAGGGCAUGCAAGGCCUGGGUCCUUUGAAUUCCAUGGCUCCAAGCCAUGAUGGGUUUUUUGGAACACAGCAAGGAAUUCAUGGGCUGGGAGGGCAAUUGGAAUUUCGUCCAUCAACUACUUUUGGAUAUAGCCUUCAGGUUUGCGGACGAAAUAGACCAUAUACAUACAGAUGAACCUGAUCCCCAGUUUCAUGGCAACAGUUCAAGAAAUACUUAGAUUUUUUUUCUCUUCACUGAGAUGAUAGUUUCCUUAGAGGCCAUCAAGUUUCUAUGUGGUGACUGAAAAGACGAAUGAAAGAAAAUGGGCACUUCGUUGUCUUGAUACAACAGUCUGUACAUAGUUGCUUUAACUACAUUUACAACUGAAGUUUUUGUUCACCUCACAUCUUGACAACAUUUCACCAUCCUGUAUUGUACAUUGAAGUUGCCCAUUAUAGUCUAGGUUGGCCAUGAGCUCCAAAGUCUGUCUCCACUUCUUUUGCCUUCAUCGUGGUGGACACCUCACAAUGACUAUAUGAACGAGUAAAAAAAUCUUGCUUUCUGCCUUGUCUUUGUUUAUGGUGGCACAAAAGUGAUGAAUCAACUGUUCUCAAGUUGGAAUAAGAGGAUGUCACGAAAUCCCGUGCUAGUAUGGUGAGAAAGAAGAUAUUCAGUUUUACAUGUGAGGUGUGGCUUGUGACCGGAACAAUUACUUUUCGUGAUAACCAGGUGUCCAUUAGAACGAUUUGUAUAAUCAAUUAUACGUUUAUACAGUGAACUUUUAUAUCAUAGCUUACUACUACAUGACCCUUUUCUGAAUAUCGUUCUAACUGUUGUAGUAUUCAUGUUGUAUUUGUGGUGAAUGGGAUAUCAGUGUUAAAAGUU